UCUCCAUUCACUUUGCUUCUUUGAAUCUUCAGUCAAAACCAGCAAAACUGAAGAGCAUUUCCACAAACACCUUCAUCUUCUCAAUCACAAAUGAUGUUUGGUCCGACAGUGGAUAAAACUUGGUUUGUUCUUUUAAACAAGUGAAGAAAAGAACAAGGUGCGACCAAUCUCAGUAGUCCACAGUCAGCAACUCCUUGAUAGAUAUCUUCUUCGAUCUGCACACCAAGGGAAAAGAAAAACGAAGAUAAAGAAGGUAGGGAAGAGUAUGCUUGAGGUCACUGACUCCUGCAUGGUUGUUCCGAAUGAGGAAACACCAAAACACAGGAUAUGGCUCUCCAACCUUGAUGUCUUGGAACCAAGAGAUCAUGAACCAACCUUCUAUCUUUACAAGCCCAAUGGAGAUCCAAACUUCUUUUCAGUGGAUACUCUUAAGAAGGCCUUAAGCAAGGUCUUAGUCACCUUCUACCCACUAGCCGGAAGGCUAGUUCUUGAUGGAGAUGGACGGCCAGAGGUGGACUGCAAUGCUGAGGGUGUACUCUUCUCCAUUGCACGAGCAGCGUGCACCGUUGAUGGCUUUGGUGACUUUCGACCAUCACCUGUUCUCCGGCAGCUUCUCGUCCCCUCUGUCACGAGUCCUGAGAGAUCAUCCAUCUUGAUGUUGCUUCAGUUGACAUAUUUCGAGUGCGGUGGAGUGUGCUUGGGCUGCGCGAUGCACCACUCAGUCACUGAUGGUGUCUCUGCACUCCAUUUCAUCAAGGCAUGGUCGGAGAUUGCCCGCUGUGGCUCUUCCAUCACCAGUGUUCCUCCUUUUCUUGAUCGCACUGUGCUUCGUGCUCGGUCACCACCAACCGUCUUGUUUGAUCACAUCGAGUACACUUGUGAUCAGCUCUACUGCAAACACGUCUCACUAGACGAGAUAGGACAAACAUGUGAGACAGCUAUACUCACAAUAUCCAAAGACCAGCUCAACAUGCUCAAACAUGGUUUGAAUGGGGACCGAAAUCUCAGCACAUUCAAAGCAGUAGGCGUGCAUCUAUGGCGCACUGCAUGCAAGGCUCGGGAGCUGGACGACGAGCAGGAUACCAGGCUUUACUUGGUUGCCGAUGCUCGUGCACGGCUCAAGCCAGUACUACCGAUGGGAUAUCUUGGUAAUGCUAUACUGAUCACUUCGUCACAUUUGCGAGUUGGGGACUUGGUUUCCAAGCCAUUUGAGUAUGGAGUUGCCGAGAUUGAAGAAACAGUUAACAGUCUUGAUGAUGAACAUAUAAGAUCAUUGGUGGAUUUGUUGGAGAUACGCAUGAGUGAUAAAGAGAAAGUGCUGGGGUCCAGGGCGAUCAAAGAUGUGGAUUUUCUUUUGGUUAGCUGGUUGGCGUUGCCCAUUUAUGAAGUUGAUUUUGGGUGGGGGAAACCGUGGUUUAUGAGGCGAGCGUGCAUGAGUUAUGUGGGUCAAGCGUACGUGAUGCGCGGUGGUGUUGAGAAUAGUGGAGGUGUUUCGGUUUCUGUUGCAUUUGAGAGAGAGAAAAUGGUACGAUUCAAAGAGAUUUUUUACAAGGAUUUAGAUUCAUAUGUCUGAAGUCCAAGGGUAGUGUUUGAUUGAGAAGAUUACAGUUCUCUAUUUUCUUGAGCUUAUAAAAGAGUUGCAACCACCAUGUUUGAUGUUCCAAAUAAAACGCCAAAUCAUCAUUAACGAAGCAGAUAGAUGAGGAAUGACUCAAAUUUGGCAGAUGUUAAUUUGUUCAUUGGACUUGGUCUUCAGUUGCUUGUUAGUUCCUUAAUUUUCUGUUUUGGACCAAAUAUGUAUGCAGUAGUGCUAAUUAUUUCUGCAUAUUUAUUUAGUCAGUUUGUUGUUGGUUAAAGCCUCUAAAGAAGGCAUGUUAUGUAUUUCAUAAAGUUAAGUCAAUAAAACCCGCAGCAGUUUCUAU